AUGUCCCGCAGACCAUCUAUCACUAGCUGUGCAAUUGAAAGAGAUGGAAGGAGACGGUUGACUGCGAUGCGUAAUAGUCACCCGAAGCUUCGUACAUUGAGGCGAUGCACUUCGUUGGAAUGGAUAUAUGAUACAUCUACUGAUUCAGAUGAUUCGACUGAGUGUCCCAUGGUCAUUCGUGUAGGGGAAGAUGUCGCAAUUUAUCCACUAGAUGAACGUGCAGUUCAAAUGCCAGAUGGAAGCCUACAAGUAAUGUCGUAUUGUCCCAGGAAAGAUGUAUGGCUCAAAAUUCAGUGGUAUUAUCGGAAGGUAGAUUUGGAGGAUCAGGGCGUUGAUCUUGCGUUAUGCGUCGGUGAGUAUGAGGUUGUCCUCAGUAAUCAUAUGUCUGUAGUCGAUAUGUGCUGUGUGGAGGAUCAUGCGAAAAUAUUGCCAUACGAUGAAGGAGAUCUCGCGCAAAAUCAGAUACCCACGAAGACUCUGUAUAAUCGCUGGACUGUGGAUAUUACAUUUUCACGCCGUGGUAAUGUUGAGUAUAUGGAUGGCGUGAACGUUUCUAACUCUCAGCCAGCCACUCAUUGCGCAUGCAAGAAAUGCGAUCCCUCUUUUUCCUCUCCAAUGACUCAACAACGAUACUGUAGAAAAUGUCAUCAGUGGUUCAACGAGACAUGCAUUGCAGCUCUUGGUCGUCAGCUGCGCAGCAACAUAAAGGCGACGAUGCCUUCCAUGUAUCGUGACAUUGACUUCGACUCGCAGUUUCUGUCACUGUUGACGAUGCCUAUCAGGCGAGGAGGGUCGUGUGGAAUCGUUGGAAAUGCAUCCAUCCUCAUGAAGGUAAAGAAACUUAUGGAGGAAGCUCGAACCAUUCGUCGAUUGCCCGAUGGGUGGAAGAAUAAUAUGCAGGACAUCAUGCUUCAAAUGGGACAUGAGAGUAUUCCUAGAUACUACUAUAUGGACAAGCCGCCUCCUUAG